UUCAGUUUUGGACACAAAGUCAACACAAAUAAAGCGCAGAACAGAACCAAAGAGACUAUCGGAUCGAUUGCCGAAACGUUGCAGAGAUCAGAGACUUGUGUCGCGCGUCUGUAACCGAGAUCUCAAGAUAUGCCUCAUUCACCCUCUGAGAGCAAUAGUCCCACAGAUAAUCACGAUUUAAUUAAUACGUCCUUUUAUGAUGGAAAUGGUGUGGGAAUGUCAGCUACAGUCACACCAAUACUUGAUGUACACAAAGGCAGACCCGUAAGACUUCAGGUCAAAGUAAUGGUUCCCAUUCACGACCACCCAAAUUUUAAUUUUGUGGGAAAACUGUUGGGACCGAAAGGAAAUUCCCUGAAGUGGCUUCAGGAUCAGACACAGACAAAAAUGGCAAUCCUUGGUCGCGGCUCUAUGAGAGAUAAGCAAAAAGAGGAAGAGUUGCGCCAAACGAUGGAUGCAAAGUAUUUCCAUCUGAAUGAAGAACUACACGUUGAGAUAACAGCCUUCGCACCGGCACCUGAAGCCUAUACACGGAUGGGAAAUGCUCUCCAAGAAGUGAAGCGUUUUCUCGUUCCCGAUUAUUACGACGAUAUUCGUCAACAACAGCUCAGAGAACUGGGAAUAUUGAAUGUCGACAAAAAACCCAACACUAAAUUAAGAAUAAAUGAUGGAAUCGGAGGAACGCGGUCUACAAUACGAGACAACGAGCAGAGCAUUCAUCAAAUAACAGCUAACGAUACUUCAAGUCUAGCCGUAACAACACCUCCACAUCUGGUCAGUCCCAACACCACAACUAAUGGUUACUCUAAUAACGACUCUUUGCCUUAUAAUAUGAUGAACGGAGAGAACGACUCAGAACUCAGUCACUGUAGGUCUUUAUAG